GUACGUCACCAGUGAUCCACGAUGGCGACGUCGAAGGAUUUUGCGGUUCUUGAUUUACAGAAUGAUCCACAAGGACUUGGCGUCGAUCUGCAGUUUCAGGAUUUUGGUGAUGCUCGUGUGCAACCUGUAGGGUCUGGGGCAGGAGGUGGCAGUCAGCAUGAACAAACCAUCCACUUUACAGAGUUCCCUGAUUCGGCUGAGGAUGACCCAGAGCAAGAGAAGCUCAUGGGUGAUGAGGAAGGUGGUGAGCCUGUGGGACUCAAGGCAGGAGCCUCCUUUUGGAACUUCGAGUUUUACCAGCAGUUCUUUGACGUGGAAAGCAAGCAAGUGGGUGAUCGCAUUAUCUGGUCAAUGGUGCCGAAACCAGGGGUCAGCUACUUGCAGUCGUACAUUCGUCCAAACCCUGAUCUAUAUGGUCCAUUCUGGAUUUGUAUGACCCUUGCCUUUACUACAGCAAUUACUGGCAACUUGGCAAACUACUUGUUAACCAGACCAGAAGACACGUAUAUAUGGAGAUAUGAUUUCCACAAAGUUACUCUAGCCGCCACCGCUAUCUUUGCAUAUGCGUGGCUUGUCCCCUUGGCUGUGUGGGGCAUACUAAUAUGGAGAGGAUCUCGAGCAAAGAUCUCACUGCUAGAAUUGCUCUGUAUUUAUGGCUAUUCCCUUGCAAUUUUUGUGCCUGUGUCGAUUCUUUGGAUGGUACCACAGCCUUGGUUCAAGUGGUGCCUCGCAAUUGUUGCCCCCGUCCUAAGUGGGAGUGUUUUGGUGCGCACUGUCUGGCCCUCACUCUCACAUGACACCAAGCAAGUGGCCAUUACUAUUGCUGCAUUUAUAUUGAUCCUUCAUGCAACCCUCGCUCUUGGCUUUAUGCUGUACUUUUUCACUGCACCUGACCGGAAGGCAACACCUGUCAUCCCAGCAACACCAGCAGCUAAUCCCAGUGACAAGGAUGGAGCAGCCACACAAAGUCCAAGCAAAAAUGUGGCAGCCGAGGACCUUGAUGCCAAGGCCAAGGAAGUGAAAGAGGGCAUAGAAAAGAUGGAUCCAGAUAAGGGGGAUAAAGUUGUUAAAAAGGACCAAGCUGCAGCAGCCCCAGCCCCAGAGAGGAAAAAGCAAGAGAGAAACACACCUCUCUUAGCUGAAAAUUUGCAAGGACCUGGAGCAGCUGAAGUAGGGGAUAAGUUGAAGAGCGAUGAUGAUCCAUCAGUUGUUCCUGUUAAGAAUGACAAAGUGGAAGAAGUAAAACCCGUGGGGGAAAGUGAAAGCAAAUUGCAGGAUAAUUCCACAAAUAAAGAAGAAGAGAAAAGAGACACUGUAAGUGAAGAUAAGUCAAACUCUGACACCCUUGUGUCAGCUUAGACAGAAGUAUAGAUAUUGUAGAAAAGAAUGGUGGCAAAGAAUUAUUUUAUUGAAUUGUACAGUUGAUUGGACUAGUGUAUGCAGAGCUUGUUGAUAUUUCUCUACAACUCUUUUUUACUUCAGUGAGUUCCAUAUUAUCAAUAAGAUGUGCACAUCCAUUCCAAAUAUAUUGUUUAUUUGUAAGAGUACACAUGGUUCUAUACACUAGAACAAGUUCAUGAGGGAAUAUGUCUUUAGCCAUGCUGUCAAGCCCAGUCAUACAGAGACACAGAUAUUGAAUACAUUUAUUUUGUUCCACUCACAUA